GAAGGAAGGAAGGGAGUGGAGAACGAGAGGAAAAGAGAGAGAAACAGAACAGAGAAAAAAAGAUUGAGAGGGGGAGUAGCAGGGUAGCAAGAUGGCGAGCUCCUUAACAUGGUCGUGUUGCCUACGCUUCAAAUUCAGUCCGGAAGAGAUCGAACAACGUUACAAGAGCCAGGAGAUCGACCGGAUGCUAGAAAAGGACCGGCAGACGUUUCGCCGGCAGGUCAAGCUGCUGUUACUCGGUGCGGGCGAGAGCGGUAAAUCAACAUUCCUCAAACAGAUGCGUAUCAUACACGGGAUCAAAUUUGAGCCUGAAUUAAUUAAGGAAUAUAAGCAUGUCAUCUAUCAAAACAUAAUUAAGGGAAUGCAAGUUUUAUUGGACGCUCGCGAUAAGCUAAAUAUUCCCUGGGAGAAUCCUAAAAAUUAUGAUAUUGGUUUUCAAUUACUCAAAGUCGAAAAUACGAUGGUGCUGGAUGCUAGAUUAUUUUUGCAUUAUGUACCAGCAUUGCAAAGUUUAUGGAAAGAUGCAUCUAUUAGAAGAGCAUUUGACAGGCGAAGAGAGUUUCAAAUAAUUGAUUCUGUUCAAUACUUUUUGGAUAAUCUCGACAGGAUUGCGAGAGUGGACUAUACACCUACACAUCAAGAUAUUUUGCAUUGUAGAAAGGCAACAAAAGGAAUUUCCGAAUUUGUAAUACCAAUUAACAAUAUUCCAUUCCUCUUUGUUGAUGUUGGUGGCCAAAGAUCUCAAAGGCAAAAAUGGUACCAAUGCUUUGAUUGUGUGACUUCUAUACUUUUUCUCGUAUCAUCGUCAGAAUUUGAUCAAGGCUUGUUGGAAGAUAGGAAAACUAACAGAUUGGAAGAAUCCAGAAACAUAUUUGAUACAAUCGUGAAUAACAGGACAUUUUGUGGUGUCUCUAUUAUUUUAUUUUUAAACAAAACGGAUUUGCUCGAUAAAAAAGUGAGGUCGCAAGAUACAAAUGUCCGUUUGUACUUUCCGCAAUUUACGGGUGAUCCACAUUCCAUGAAGGACGUGCAAAAUUUCAUUCUCGAUAUGUUUGUCUCAGUCAAGAGAGACCCAAGAAAGCCAUUGUUUCAUCACUUUACUACUGCUGUGGACACGGAGAAUAUUAAAGUUGUCUUUAAUGCUGUGAAGGAUACUAUUCUGCAUCGAAACUUGGAAUCCCUCAUGCUUCAAUAACGAUGUAAAAGCAGAAAAAUUAAGCACAUAAAGCAACUAAUAAAACUCAAAGGUACGCGGCAGACAUUUAACAUUUAGUAUCUAUUAAUUUCAUCUGUAAUUUUCGAGGAAUAUUGCAAUUCAGACUAGGUCAAAUCAUUUUGAUAAGACAUAUAUAUAUACACACACACACACACACACACACAUACAUACAUACACACAAACGAAUAUACACAGCCAUAU